CCGUCCACGUCCACUGCGCCUCACCUCUUAGACUCCCAUCUGAACAUCUCCUACUUUACCCUAUCUGCUAUAGAGAAUGUCUAACACCGACUGGGACAGCAAGCUCGUCAUCGGCCAGAAGGCCAGGGCCCCAAAAGUCGCCCGCAACACCGCUGAUCUCAAUGGUGCUCGUCGAGCAGGUGCCGUCGUUGGGACCGAUAGGAAGGUGACUGCGGGGACGAACAAGGCACAUCAAGGGACCGACCACCAGAAGAUCGCCAAGCUUGACCGGGAGAACGAGGUGGCGCCUCCCCCGAAGAUCAACCCUGCAGUCGGCAAGGCUAUGCAGGCAGCGCGCAUGGAGAAGCAGCUCUCGCAGAAGGAUGUAGCGCAGAAGAUCAACGAGAAGCCCUCCAUCCUCCAGGACUAUGAGGCUGGCCGUGCUAUCCCCAACCCUCAGAUCCUUGCCAAGCUAGAGCGCGUGCUCGGCGUGAAGCUCCGCGGGACCGACAUUGGGAAGAAGCUGGAGGGGCCUAAGAAGUCGUAGGCUCGCCCCUCCAUGCUCGUAGCGCCUAUGACGGACUCGCUUGCUCUACCCUCCGCCACUGUUGUGUCAUGUCUCACCCGCUCCUUUCUCCUAAUCUCGGAUCCGGGCUUGCUCGCGGCACCUCCAGGCAGGAGGGAUACCCGUCGUAUUGUCCUGAUGUCCUGAUGCACCUGUCAUGUUUUACUAGAGCUUUCAUCGCAUCUACCUAAUCCGUCAUGCAAUUGUAUAGUGUUUGUCAGCGCCAUAUCUUGCAUCGCGCAAAUGCACACGCC